UAACUUCUCUGUGUGUUUUGUACUGCUGUAUGAGUGAUCUUCUAAUAACCUACUUGCAUGCAAAUGGUUCAGUGUGUUGUUGGGUACAGCGAAAGACUGAUCUUUUGUUAGUGCGUUUUUGAUCGGUAAAAUUAUGUUGCGAGAAGUAUUUGCAAAAUGUAUACAGUGUUAUGAGGUGUUUAUAAUCGUAAAAAGUGCAUGGUAAUAGAUUUUUUAGAGCAAAUCGUUAUCACUCACAUGGAUCUGAAGUGAUUAAAAAACAACGCUGACACAAUGUGAAUGUGUGUUAUUUACAAUUCGUCCCAAUUUUUAAGCCAUUUGUGUUGUUUUUAAAGAGUUUUUAGAAGUGCAUAUAUUGUAUAAAUCCAUUUCCAAACCUUGUGAAAAGUAUACAAUCAUGUUUAAGUUGUGUUUGUGAAAUUUACGAACUCUGUUGAUUGUUGAUUAAAUGUAAUAAAAACAAAUUCUACGUGUCAUCUUCUAUCUCACCUGUACUGAUGAUAAGAAGAGUCAUACUAAGAUCAACCGUUUGCUCGUCGAAGGCAUAACGAAACCACCGAGUUCGAAAGUUUGAGAACCACCAACCAAAGAACAACACUCAAACGCAACCAACAGAACACAGGAGCGGGUGCAUAAUCGAAUUCAGCUCAUCACCAUCAGCCGAGAAAGUGGUUCACAGUGGAGUUUAGAGUUUUCAGAACUCAUCAAAAAUGGAUCAGUCGUCGGCGGUUGGUGCAACAGCGAUUUCGUCCUCGUCGCUUUCCACCAGUUCCAACGUGCUGACACACGUGCCGGACGCAUCGCACAGCAGCGACAUGGAGUGCAUAGAGGAGAAUGUGAUCAUUGAUGAAAUCACUGAAGCUGAGCCAACUUCCGUUACACUGCGUUUCUGCAAACGUAAGUUCCUUCGGCCCUACGUUCUCAUACUAGCUAUGGCAGGACUUCGACCCAGUUCCAGUGAUGUGGAAAUGCUUGGCCGUUGGGUGGGACAUCUACAAACUAUUCUGGUGUUACUGCUUCUUUUCAUUGGUUACGCGUUACAGUUCAUGUGUGGCUUCAGACGAGAUCAUGGGCUCAUAGAACCGAAUCAAUCUUUGCCCGUUUCAACCACACCACCAGGAUGGACGACAAUCUCACCGAUGGCCUUAGAAACUAUCAAACUAUUUGCCAACUGGACAACCCAGAACCAUACACCACACAGUACCGAAGAAAGGAGCAAUACGACACCAACCACGGAGCUAGAACACUUUGGCUUACUGGCUUCGGGUGAGGCCAUUUUCAUCUAUCUCGUUCCGGCUUUGUUGCAUCUGAAUGGUUACCUACUGGCGGUGUUCAUUUAUCGUUUCGCCGAUAACGAACAAUUACAGAGUCUCGUCGAACGGGUCUUUAUCCUCAGCAGCAAUCCGCGUCGGUUGGUGUUGACACUUUGGCUCUACUUUGGGUUGGGGCUGGUUUGGCUGGGCGUCUCCACCGCCUAUGUAACGCUGCUGGGAGUUGACGGGAUCACCGUUUUCGAGCGAUUUGUAUCCUUCGGAUGGGCCGGCAAGCUGGCAAGGUGGACCCAUACGGCCGAGAUGUUGAGAGCAUCGCUUGCGUUGACGCUGUUUUUCCAUGAUCUCGUACAGAUGGUGGUGAUUGUGAGUUAUGGUUUAAUGUGUUACAUGCUGCGAUGUUAUCUGAAAGCGCUGAAGGAAAAACUGCUGCUGCACACGAUCGAACCACUGAACUGGAUGCGGGAGAUCUGCGAGUUCCGGAAGUUACUUCACCAUCUAAACACGAAAAUCUCACUUCCGGUCGCGAGCCUCACCGUGCUAAACCUCAGCUACACCGUCUCGAGUGUGGCACAUCUGUUCCACGAUAUGACGGCCUGUCCGAUUAACAUCUUCACCGCGAGCCUCGCCAACAUCCUGCUCUGGCUGGUCAUCGCACUGAUGCCGUUCUUCCAGGCCGCCAGCCUUACCGUCACCUGCCGUCAAACGCAAUCCUGCGGCCAUCUGAUAAGCAUUCGCCCGUUCGUUCACCGGAACACGUCGUCCGAAGAUUUGAACACCGUGCUGCUGUACGCGUCCUCGCUAAAGAUGUCAGCCAAAUUGUUCCGGAUGCCCGUCAGCGCCCACUAUCUGUGCUUUCUCGUGCUCGUCUGCUUCAUCGGUGUGCUGACGUUCGGAAUGUGCCUCAACAUAUCGCUCGAUCGGCUAUAGGGGAGUAGAAGAAAUACUCGUGGCCACGUGAUGGGUGGUGGGCGUUCCAAAACAGCGUGACCGGAAAUCGCCCGUCGGGCACGGUGGAAUUUACCGGAAGGAAGUGGAACUUUCGUGGAAUUGGAUGAACUGACACGGACAGGCGAUUCGGCAGCAAGUGAAGGACCGUUUCAUACACGUGGAAUUUUGCACGAAUGGUCGUUUGCGUGAGCUAGGAGACCAGAUUUAGAAGCGCAACAUAUCGAAUCGAACAGGAAGGCUGGUCCUUAUUUAUCGAUCACAAACUGUGACGUAUGGUUUGCACAGAUUUUUUUUCUAUUUCCUUUCCCACGUACUAACUGGUCGGAAAUAGUUGGCUCUAGCUGGAAAUCUUUGCCAACCAAAUGCUUCUGUUGAAGGUGACAGAUGCUUUUGAUCGUACAGCUAGUAGGAUAAUUUGCAUUGUGCAUAGCUUACAGUACACAUAUGACAUAUUUGUGUAUCCAACAGAGAAACGAUAGCACACAUUUCUUUAUUCCCAAAUAGUAAAGCAAUUAAAUGAUAGGGAACCUUUUCGUUCGGAGAUAGAAAGUACAUUUGCACAUCAUCGAAUGCAUGUAUUUCAAAUUUCGCUAUUUAAUCAUUUUCUAUGAGUUAUAUAAUUGAUAACAGAUUAAACUAAUUGUAAAUGUUAUGAAUAUACACUGCAUUUUAAAACAAUAAAGCUGUUUAGCCUUAUUCAUCAGUUAUAUUUCUGUCUUUUUUUUUAUUACACACCAUUAUUAACACUGUUGUACAAUAGCUCCGCAUCCAAAAGUUUCUU